AUGUCAAAAGUUGCUACAAAUUUCGUAAAUCAAUAUAAUCUAACUCCUCAGAUGAGUAUAACCGAGCUUAGCAAUUGCACAGAAGAAUUGCUUAAAGAUUUGAAAGACGCCAAAGCGCGUAACCAUGCUCGAAAUCGAAUCCAGCGUUUAGGAUUUAACAAAGAACAAACAAAUACUCUUAUCCCCAUGCAAGCUUCUGGAAGGCGUGUUGUAGGAAGAGUUUCCGCUAAAGAACUCGCUAAAUAUAUUAAGGAAAAUGAAGAAAAUCUUAAAUCAGAAGAAAUAAACGAAUUGGCAUAUAAUUUCGCAAUAAGUGCUCCUACCGAAAUAGCUCAAUCUUCACGUCUCAAAUUACUUAGGAAAGAAUUGAUCAAAUUGGAUGCUAGUAAUUUGACAAUAAAAUCUACAUAUAUAUAUAUGAUUGCCGUUGAAUCAAAUAAAAAGCAAAGGGAAUCGCAAGAACGCCGUGAAGACGAGGGAUUUGAUUGUCCUGAUUUCUUUUCCCUAGAAAAAGUUCAAGAACGGUUAAAAGAAUGUAAUAUAAAAAACAUUCCUUCAAUGCAAAAUUUAAUAGAUAUGAUGAUAAUGUUAUGUAUGAGGCCAGCAGAUGUAAAAAACCUUCAUAUUGAUUAUUAUAGUCCAAGUAACGCCGAUUGGUAUAAGUCUAAGUAUUCUUGGUAUUGUACUGGAUAUGCUAAAAAUGAAAAAGAUGAACCUCGACCAUUUCUAUCUAUGGAAAAAGAUCCGAAACAAGCUAGAGAAUUACUUAUUUGGAUUCAAAAAUCAAUAUCAGAUAAAUUUCCAUUUCU